UGGCUUUAGCGAGCGGAAGCACGUGGGUAAACAGGAAGUAGUUUUGGCAUUUGGCGGGUUGAACGGAGAAGACGCGCAAAAAUGGCGGCUGUGAACGACAUGGAGAAGAAACUUGCGGAGUAUAAAUGCGACACUAACGAAGCUAUAUGCCUGAAAUUAGUGCGGUUCCCAGAGGAUGUGGAGGAUGAAAGCACAACGUUUCACCCUGAGUUCAGUCAUCAGCUGUAUGGAGACGAUGAAGUGGCGUUUGGCUACAAAGGUCUUCAGAUCCAGCUGUACUACAGUGCAGGGAACCUGAACACCCUGUUCAAAGUCAAGUACACUUCCAGGGUCACAGACAAGUUUGACUGUGUGGAGCCAGAUGAUGUGGAGGAAAAGGUCAGAGAGAUCAUUCCUGCUGGUUUCUGCUGUAACACAGAUGACUUCAUCUCUCUCUUGGAGAAAGAGGCCAACUUCAGACCCUUCGGCAGCCUGCAACACACCUACAAAGUUCACAAUGUGGAGGCUGGAGAGGAUCUCACCUAUCAUAUACACAAGGUGGAUAUCUCAUGUCCAGGCUUCAGAGAGUACCACGAGCGCCUGCAGACGUUUCUCAUGUGGUUCAUCGAGACAGCCAGUUUCAUCGAUGUGGACGAUGACCGCUGGGAUUUCUUCCUAGUAUUCGAGAAGUACAAUAAGGAUGGAGAGACCCUUUACGCGACUGUUGGCUACAUGACAGUGUAUAAUUACUACGUAUACCCAGACAAAACCAGACCACGUGUCAGCCAGAUGCUGAUCUUACCACCGUUCCAGGGAGAAGGCCACGGGGCUCAGCUCUUAGAGACUGUCCACCGAUACUACUGCACGCUUGCUAAAGUACAGGACAUCACAGCGGAAGAUCCUUCUGAAAGUUAUGUGAAGCUGAGAGAUUUUGUGCUGGUGAAGAUGUGCUUGACUCUGUCGUCCUUCUCCAAUGAGAAACUCUCUCAGGGCUUCAGUGAAGAAAUGGCGUCUGAGGCCAGAGAAAAACUCAAGAUCAACAAGAAACAUGCACGGCGUGUUUAUGAAAUUCUGCGUCUCAGAAACACAGACAUGAGCGAUGAAGAGAAAGCCCGAGAAUUUCGCUUGGAGGUGAAAAAGCGACUCUUUGGACCAUACAGAAAAAACCAGCGUGAGCUGACUAAGAUGCGGAAAUGUUUGAGGCCAGAGGAGUUGGCAUCCCACAUCAGCCAGAUGGACACGAGUAUGCAACACGAGGAGCUGGAGAAAAGCUACCAGGACGUGCUUGCGGAUUAUCGGCGAGUCCUGGAGCGGCUGGCUCAGGUGUGAGCUACGUAAGACUUCUGCAUCGUCCUGGAAAGACUGGCCGAGACACACACACUGUUCUAUUGCGUUGUACACAAUGUUAAUGAGGGAUUAAACAUGAAACAUCUGCAUUUGUUACAUUUGUGAUAGACAGGGGGGCAGUUAUUCACAUAAUAAGAGAUGAGCGCAUUGGUCUACUGUGGAGAUGAAUUUUUCAGUUGAUGUUUUCUUUCCAUCAAAUAUUUUCCUUAAUGUAAAAAAUGUAGAUUUUGAAGCACUUCCUUGAUCAAAUAAAAUGUUUUGUAUAUUGCUCAAAUGUAUGACUUUCCAUCUCUUUGGUGAUGUGUCUAAAAUAAAAAGAUUUUACUUAACAGGCUCAAA